GGCUCCCCCGAUGCCACAGACAUUUGCUCCGCCUGCACCGCGUUAUUAUUCGAAUCCAGCGCACUUCCACGACAGUGUCCCAUUGAGUCACUUCUCCAACUCGAUGACUGGAAGGCCUGUGCCAACUACCCGUUCAAUAUCUCUACCCGUCAUUCGUGUACAGAAUGCCAGUGGAACGGGUCGCGAUGGUACGCAGAGCAUGUCUCGAUCGUCUCGGGCGUCUGUGCAGCAGCAGAAGCAUCAUGUCGACAUUCAGACUGCACGUCUUGAGACCCUGGCUGCGCUCACAGCAUCUCGGCAUGACUCUGCCAUGGCCAGGCAUACCUCUGCUCCCAGCACCGCACACAUGCAGCGGCACCACACCCCUUCAUCGUCUCUACCAAGUCGGAACUCUUACAAGCAAUGCGGCUCGCGCACGCGUUCACGCUCCAGCCUCAAGGUGCCGCCUCCAGCCUACCAGCCCGGCAACACAGGCAAUAUCAUCUACCUGGAGAAUCCCGACAAACAAGGCCUACUACCCCCGCCUGACAUUGUCUUUGAGAAACGCGUCAUUCCGAGAAGGGAAAGCCUCACACAGUGGAAGGUAGAGCGGGAAGAAGCAAAAGUGGACUUCAACGGCAUGCGGCGGGCUGAUACGAAAGAGCGGGUUAGACGGGCGAAUGAGCUCGAGCAGGAGAAGGAGAAGGAGCUUUUGCUGAUGGGAAAGGGGACAGGGAUGAAGAAGGAGAAGGAGAGGGGUUGUCUUAGUGGACUGUUUGCCCUGUUGCCUCGGAGGAAAGCAUGAUAGAAAGAAGGAGUGGCUUGUGGAUAUUUAAUUUGUGAGAGCGUACUUCGGUAUGGCGUAUACGGUUUGGGUAUCGGUAUUGGAGGUUCCAGUUGCCCGUGCCUAUUAGUUUUUAUUAUACACAUGUCCUUGUGUUGGCUAUUAGCAGUUUGGCGUUGGUGGUUAUUAGACCAAAUAUCAAUUCAACUUCUGCUGUCAACAUGUUCCGAAACAACCAAAAUUAGUGAAUACCGCACAUGUCCUCUGCAUGCUAAUUGCUUUCCAUAAAGCAAGCGUGCAGAGCAUGGCUCUACUCU